AUGUCCCUUUGGUGUUGGUCCUACGUGGGCCGUCAGGGAGGCAGACAGCAGGUCUCCCUGUUGAAAAACGGUUGUCUGUACACAGCCACGGUGCAGCACGAGGUUCUCCACGCUCUUGGCUUCCAUCACGAGCAUGUCCGCUCUGACAGAGACUCUUACGUCUCCAUCAACACCGCGAACAUUCAGCCAGGGUUUGAAUCAAACUUCAUGAAGGUGGCAACUAACAACUUGGGUACUCCCUACGACUUCAAAUCUGUCAUGCAGUACGGCAAAUACUCCUUCUCCAAAAACGGCUUGCCAACCAUCACCGCUAAGGCGAAUCCUAACCUUGUGUUUGGAACCGCCGUACAGAUGAGUGUCAAUGACUUCAACCGCGUCAACAAGCUGUACAAAUGCUAAAAUCUUCCAGAAGUUGUUUCAGCUUGUUAGAACUGAUGGAAGAAAAUGUUGCGGAUUAAUG